AUGAGUUCUAGUGAUGGGACACAAAAGAAAGAUUUUGCUUGGCAAUGGACUAAACCAAUUCCUGGUCACUUGACAUAUUUUCUGUGUGCAUUUUGUGAUCUGAAAAAUACCGGUGGCAUCUUCCGAUUCAAGCAGCAUUUAGUUGGCACCCGCAAAGGAAUUAGACCUUGUCCCAAGGUUCCACCAAAUGUGAAAGAUUUGUGUUCUCAAGCACUUCAAAGGAAUGAUAAUCAGAAAAAAGCAAAGGUUGCCGUGCUUCGGGAGAUAGGGGGAUUAGAAAAUUUAGAAGAAGAAGAUGCACUAGAUCAUGAAGUGACAAAUGUGACUACAACCCUUGCAAGUGAUUGUGGUAGUGCUCAAACUCCUAUUGUUGGUAGUUCUCAAAGUCCACUUGGUGGUGGUGGUUCUAUGGGUCAACCAAAGGCUAGAGGACCGAUGGACAACUAUGUAUCCUCAAAAGCUCGGCAAACUACGUUGAAUACCUCUUACAAGAAACAAGAGAGGCGUAAUGUGUGUAGGGCUAUUGGGCGAUUGUUUUAUACAAGUGGAUUGGCUUUCAAUGUAGCAAAUAAUCCAUACUAUUUUGCGGCAUUGGAGAUGGUUUCCAAAUACGGUCCGGGUUUUAAACCUCCUACAAGUCAUGAGCUAAGGACUUGGAUUUUGAAGGAUGAAGUUGAAGAUGUUCAAAAGUUGAUGGUAGAUCAUAAAAAAGAUUGGAGCAAGUAUGGAUGCACUAUUAUGUCGGAUGGUUGGACGGAUGGCAAGAGUAGGGUUAUACUAAACUUUUUAGUAAAUAGCCCUAAAGGUACAUGGUUCUUGAAAUCCGUUGAUGCAUCGGAUACAAUUAAAAAUGGAGAGUUGAUGCUCAAUUACUUGGAUAAUGUUGUGGAGGAGGUAGGGGAGGAGAAUGUUGUCCAAAUAGUUACCGACAAUGCUUCUAAUUAUAAGUGGGCGGGAAAGGAGCUAAUGAAGCAAAGAAGCAAAUUAUGGUGGACUCCUUGUGCGGCUCAUUGCAUUGACUUGAUGUUGGAGGACAUUAGCAAGUUGAAGGUCUUUGAAACUACCAUUCAAAGAGCUAAGCUAAUUGUGAAAUUUAUUUAUGGGCAUACACAAGUUCUUUCCAUCAUGAGAAAAUUUACCGGCAACAAGGAGAUUAUUCGGCCGGCGAUUACAAGGUUUGCCACAUCUUUUCUCACUCUCCAAAGUCUAUAUAAGCAAAAGGCAGCUCUUAUUAGUAUGUUUCAAUCUAAAGAAUGGCAUGAUUGUGGUUGUACAAAACAUAAAGAUGCUUAUGAUGUGAAGAAGUAUAUCCUCCGUGAUGGAAACUUUUGGAACCAUAUUGCCUAUUGCAUCAAGAGUGUUUUGCCUCUUGUUUGUGUCUUGAGAGAGGUUGAUUCAGAAGUGAGACCCGCCAUGGGAUUUAUUUUUGAGUUGAUAGAUGCCGCAAAAGACAAGAUUGCUAGUAAUCUUGGAAAUGUGGAAGCGAAGUAUGCACCUAUUUGGAAGAGAAUAGAUAAUAGGUGGAGUCCACAACUUCAUCAACCAUUGCAUGCGGCGGGUUAUUACUUGAACCCUCAAUUUCGAUAUGAAGAAAAUUUUAAAAAUACCGAGCAUGUGAAGAAGGGUUUGGAAGAUUGCAUGGAUAGGAUGCUUGAUGGUGAGGCUCGUAUCCAAGCGGAAAUACAAUUGGACCUUUAUGAGCGAAAACUUGGGAAUGUUUUGGUGGGAGAAAUAUGGGACACAAACACCGGAGUUGAUGAAUUUGCAACUCGGGUCCUUUCCCUUACUUGUAGUGCAUCGGGGUGUGAAAGGAAUUGGAGCACUUUUGAAAUGAUUCACACUAAGAAGAGGAAUAGACUUGAGCAUAAGAGGUUGCAUGCCUUAGUUUAUGUGAAGUAUAAUAUUGCUCUAAGAGAUAGGACUUUGAAGAGAAACGCUACAAUGACCGAUCCUAUUGUUGUGGAAGAGAUUGAAUCGGAUGAUGAAUGGAUAACCGAGAUAGAGGAUCCGGUUCUUCCCACCGAUCCACAUUGGAUUGAGGACAAUGUGGAAGAAUUGACAUUGGAUGAUGGAGCGAUCCGAAAUGUGCCAAGUGGUACAUAUGAAAGUAGCCUAAUUAGUCGUGAUCCUCCUCCCCGUGUGCCUUCUCCUCCUCCCCAUGUGCCUUCUUCUCCUCAUGUGCCUACUCCUUCUCGUGAGCCUAUUCCUUCCCGUGAGCCUACACCUUCUCUUGAUGAGCCUAUCCUUUUCUAUAAAAGGAAAUUUAUGGAAGGACAAAGUUCAAGUAAGAGAAAAGCACCAAGAAAAUCAAUGCUUCUUGAUGACAUUGUAGAUGAUGAUACUAGAAGUAAUCGGUUUGAUGAUACUAAUCCUCUCUUCCAAUACGGUGAUGAUGAUGAUGAAGGCUUACGCCUUACGCCUCAAGGCUUACGCCUUGGUGAGGCUCUCGCUCCAUAG